UCUUUGAGUGGACACUCCCCCAUCUUGUCUAAAGACAGAGUGAGUCCAGUCUGCCACAGGCUGUCGAAACCGGACAACUCUCCUGCCAAGGUGGAGAGCUGUACUGCAAGAGACAAUCAAAGGAGGGUUUCAGCUGCAGAACAUCCUACACUCCCUCAUCAAUAUGGGGGCUGUCAUCUCUCGGUGGAAGGCUAAACCAUCCACUGUGGAGAUUUUGGAAGGGAUCGAUAAGGAAAUACAGACCCUUGAGGAGUACGGUGAGAAGUAUCAGAAGCAGUUGAAGAUAUGGGUUGGGCGGCUGAUUCUCUACUCAUCUCUGCUCUACCUGAUCAUGUGUAUUGUGGUGUAUUCCUGGUACCUGCCUGAACAGAUGAUGGGGCGGCUCAUAUUGGCUCUUCCCUUUCUAAUAUUUCCUUUAAUAGUGUGGUUACUUCGAAAACUACUUAUAAUUAUCUUUUCACGGAGAACUGAAAAAAAUAAUGACAAAUUAGAGGAUCUUAAAGCACAAAAAAGGAAAAUACUUGAAGAAGUUAUGGAAACUGAGACGUAUAAAAAUGCUAAAAUGAUUCUGGAGAGAUUCGAUCCUGAUUCCAAGAAAAAAAUGGAGCUGGAAUCCACUCCAGUUGGACCACAGAUGACUCCAAAACCAGGACAAGAGCUUCGCCAGCGCAAUGUCAUCCCCCAAACCCCCACACUGGUGGUGAAUAGUGGAGGAGCUGCUACACGCCCUCCUCUUGCCUCUGGGCCCACCUAUCCUGGCCGAUCUUCCCACUCUGCUCCAGGUGGACCCCCAGAGAGGGGCCUGUCGGCUAUAGCUGCUCAGCAGAGCUUGAUGAGGAGGCCUGUGACCCCUGGAACACCUGUUCCAGGAAUCGGGAUGCACCCUCCAGGCCCACCCCUGGCCAGACCCGUGCUCCCAAGGGAUCGAGGCGCUAUGGACAGAGUUAUCGAGUAUCUUGUUGGCGAUGGCCCUCAGAACAGAUUUGCUCUCAUAUGUCAGCAGUGUCUCUCCCAUAACGGCAUGGCAUUAAAGGAGGAAUUUGAAUACGUUGCCUUCCGAUGCGCAUAUUGUUACUUCUUGAACCCCGCGAGAAAGAUCCGGCCUCAGGCACCCCGACUGCCCGAGGUCACAGGAGAGCAGAAAGAGUCAUCUGAUGCCCCCUUACCAGCGUCUGCUGCUGACAUAGAUGAAGACCACUCUGUUUUAGAGAAAAGCAAGCUUGCUGACGUCUCUGCUGAAACAGACCCCCAAGGGCCGGACACACCAACGACCACAGAGCCCAGCUGUGCGUCAGACAGCCAGAGCACUCCAGAGUCACAAGAGCCACCCUCAGAAAAAUCUGAUGGAGAGCAAGAUUUGUCUGCCAUGGAGGUGGAAUAAAAACAAGGUGGUGUAGUGAUUUCAACACUUGUAAUACUGGAUCUUUGAAGAAAUAGCAGUUAACUUGUAAGCUAAUGCCGUGAGUUGGAAUAACACAGGAAUAAACCAGCAUCUGAUGUGAUUAUUCUUUUAAACUUACAGAACAGAAUGUCCUUUUCUUUUGAGAAAUGUUUUUAUAGCCUGCACAGUAGUUAUGAAUUGAAAUAUAUAGAGCAUGGCAUUCGGUAGCAUCACCAAACGAUCCUCUUAUCCAGUAUGGUGAUGUGUCCAACCCAAUUUCACAAUAUGUAAUGGAGGGCGUUUAGGAUUAAGAUGGUAUGGAUGUUACAAAAAAAAUCUCCAUAUAUCACAGGAAAAGUUAAUGUUGUCUAUAUUUUCCAUAUUUUAUUUAUUUUGGAAUAUUUUUGGAUGAUUCUAGCUAAAUUAAUUUGAAACCGCUGAAACAAAACAAUAACUUUUGUGGGUAAAUCAAAUUGUAUUUAUGGGAAAUUAUUUAUUAAUAGUUUACUGUAAUGCUAUGCCAUUCAUGACAGUGUUUACGAGGCUACUUUGCUACACGGUAGUGCUAAAACAUGUUUACACAACCUUGAUACAAUGAUAGGACUGCACAGUUAUUUAUUGCUUAAAGGGAGGAAAUGAGAUUUAUGCCAGUACUGUUCACCUGCCCAAAGUGCCUUUUAUAAGAUGUAAGCGUCUGCUUCAGAGUAUUGUACAUGAAACCUAUUUACAUACAGACAGUAAUGUCAUUUAAGUGUUUACAGACAGAAUGUGUUCGUUGAAUGUCAGAAUCCAUUUGCUGUAUGAAUAAUAAAUAAACUUUGCAGAAAAUUUA